AUGUCCCGGAAGCAGGCCGCCAAGGGCCGGCCGGGCAGCGGCAGCCGCAAAGCCGAGGCCGAGCGCAAGCGGGACGAGCGGGCCGCGCGCCGGGCCCUGGCCAAGGAACGGCGGAACCGGCCGGAGUCCGGCGGCGGCGGGGGCUGCGAGGAGGAGUUCGUCAGUUUCGCCAACCAGCUGCAGGCCCUGGGGCUGAAGCUGCGGGAGGUGCCGGGGGACGGCAAUUGCCUGUUCAGAGCCCUUGGGGACCAGUUGGAAGGACACUCACGGAACCAUCUCCGGCACCGACAGGAGACGGUGGAUUACAUGGUGAAGCAGCGGGAGGACUUUGAGCCCUUUGUGGAGGACGACGUUCCCUUUGAGAAGCACGUGGCCAGUUUGGCAAAGCCUGGAACAUUUGCUGGCAAUGAUGCAAUUGUAGCCUUUGCAAGAAAUCAUCAGUUGAAUGUGGUGAUUCAUCAACUUAAUGCCCCUUUGUGGCAGAUCCGCGGUACAGAUAAAAGCAACGGGCGGGAGUUACACAUCGCAUACCGGUACGGUGAGCACUAUGACAGCGUGCGCAGGAUCAACGACAACUCAGAGGCGCCUGCACGCCUGCAGACGGAGUUUCAGAUGCUUCAUCAAGAUGAAUCAAAUAAAAGAGAGAAAAGCAAGGCACAGGGAGUGGACUUUGAAGAUGGCCUUCGAGAUGCAGUGGAAGAUGCUGUCCAGAAAGUUUGCGGUGCAACCGGCUGCUCCGAUUUUAAUUUGAUUGUUCAGAACCUAGAAGCUGAAAAUUACAAUAUUGAAUCUGCGAUAAUUGCCAUGCUGCAGAUGAACCAGGGGAGAAGAAAUAAUGCAGAGGAGAACCUUGAGCCCAGUGCUGGAGUGCUGACGCAGUGUGGUCCCUUAUGGGAAGAAGGUGGCAGUGGCAGCAGACUCUUCGGGAAUCAGGGUGUGAAUGAAGGCAGGACUGAGAACAGUAAGGCGCGGGCCAGCCCUACUGAAGAAAACAAAGCAAAUAAAAACCAGCUCCCAAAGGUCACAAACAAACAGAGGCGAGAAGAGCAGCGACUGGAGAGGAAGAAGCGACGGGAGGAGAGGCAGCGCCACAAGGCCCCGGAGGGCAGGGGCAGCCGCAGGCACAGCGGCAGGAGCGAGGCGGACGCCGGCGCCCAGGUCACCUUGGUGAAGACCUUCGCGGCUCUCAGCAUCUGA